GUUUGACCACAGCAAUGCGCAUGUUGGAGCAACGCCCUCAAACGAGUGUUCUCUUGCUGGAAAGCAGCGCGCACCGCAUCGGGGGACGCAUUCUGUCGCCGCAGGGCGCGGACCUUGGACCCGCGUGGAUUUGGCCACACGCACAGCCGCGUAUGAUGCGCCUACUACGAGAUUUGGAUCAGCAAAAUUCAUCAGCUACUCCUGGGCAAGCCAGGGAUAACGAUUCCAAAAAGAAUAAUCGGAAACCGUUGUUACCCCUGAUACCUCAAGAAAGUGGAUUCGGCGGAGAAGCUCGCAUGCGAGGAGGCCUUGGCAGGUUGAUUGAAGAGCUGAAGAGGCGUGUAGAGCAGGACGUGGAUCAGGAGAUGGAUGCUAAAGUAGUCAAGAUCGUAGAAGAGCAACAUAUUUCUCAUAGGGGGACUAGUGGUUCCGAAGAUGUGUCGAG